UCUCCAGUCGUUCAGCGUCAGUGAAACCCCUAAUGUGAUCAAGAUGGAAGCUCAAGCUAUCUUUGGACUUUGUACCGUGCUCCGGAUUUUCGGUUGGCUCCGGGGGCUCCCUGCUCUCUGCUCCCAGAAAGGGGUAAAGUCAGCAAUGGAUUUGAUUUGAAUCCGCAAACCCUGAGAGCAUUCCUCGGAACCGGGAAUUAGGACCGAUAUCUCAGGAUUCAUUCCUCGAGAAAGGCUUGUAGGAUUGGAUUUGUCUGUCCUCUGACUUUGAUGGAUGGCUAACUCUUCAACCCCAUAGUGUUUAUCCUCUGUUAUCUUCUGUUAUUCAGUCUUAUGUUGCUGCCGUGUGGGACUGCGACAGUACCCCUCUGUAUUCUGGUGGAGUAUUGACAGUGACGCAACUCAUCCAGGCACGUUGUGUGAAGUGGCACACGGAUUACGCUAAUUGAGUACAUUUUACUUCUGUGUGAGAAGUUGUAAUAAGUACACAGUGCCCUCCCUAACUCAUGGGCCAGUUGACGUCAGAGGAGGAAGUCACACCGGGUCACCCUCCAUCCAACAGCAGUCCUGAGAAUGCUUAAGGAAGCUCAAUAGAACUGCACCGUAUGGUCCGUCAUUUUGGUUCUACAUCUUUAAUUGGCUCUAUGGUUAGCAGUGGGAGUCCGCCAACCAUGCUUGUCGCCAUACGGAAAAGAAGUUGGGAGGAUCACGUGACUCACCGCUCCGGGUUACAGUACAGCUACGACGACCUGGACCUGGUCUGUUGCCAUGGCGUCAGUGGCGACGGGCCUCGGCUGGCAUCUGAGGGGUCCAAGCAGGGGCGCAGGGAACGAUGUGCCUCCAUGCCGGAGUGCUGUCACCGGCCAUGCCCCGAUGGCCUCAACAAUGGGCCGGGUCACACGUUGGAGUUUGUGAUCUCAGUCAACGUGGAGGACAAUGGCGAUCACUCUGAGCCGGGGCACGUGAUGUCAGCAGGCGACUUUGAUUCAACUGUUGUCCCUGUGUUCCAGGCUGAGCUGGUAGACGGCUCUGAUGUAACUGUUGAUGAUGAUGACCUCACCGGGAGGCUGACGGAGUCUGAACCUGGAGGAAUGCCGGACGCUGGUGAGGACUCAGUUGGCAGCCAAUCUCACUGUGACCUGGGCAAUGGGAUUCUUCAGCCAAAGCCAAACAUCAUCUGCACUGCAGAUAACAGUCAUGAGGAUGAGUAUGACAUUGAGGAUGGCACCGAUGAUAGCGAGCAUCCCAACGUUGUUGAUGACCGCGUUGCAAUCACUGUUCAAUCUGUCUCUGUUGACGAAGGACAAAGGGUCUCUAUCUGUCCAGACAAUGGAUUUUCACUGGACUUUUCUGUUGGUGAGAAAACUGGCAGGCAUCCAGAACUCCUGGAGACAAUGGCCGACCAUACAGACGGUCAGGUUGGACUUCCAGAACCCUUAGUGGACACACAGACCCAGUCUCAUCAUACUGAAGUUGAACCACGAGAGGACCUCUCCACCUUGGAUGAAAGCAACAUUGCUGACCCGGGUAAAAGAACAGGAGUAAUACAGCCAGCGGCCAUUUUGGAUUCCUCAAACGAACCAGAGUGCAAUGGUGAUGUAAUAUCAGAUGUUAACGUGGAGAUCUUGGAGGCUCCUGUUGCAGACGUUAUGGAGGGGGAAGCUAUGGGGGAAGACGUUGAGAUUAAAGCCUUAGAAUGGAAGGCUGAGGAUAGUGUUAAAGGUGCUGAUGGAUUGAAUGUUCAGAGGAAAAUGUAUGAAAGUCAUGAUACAUUUGACCAGAUUCUGAGUGGGCAACAUGCUGUGUCAGUGGAUGGCAGACAAAUAGAACGGCAUGAUAGCAUGAGGACUAAUGAUGGUUGUGAAAUAGCUCAGGACCAGACAGUGUUGAGAAAGGAGGAUGUUAACAUGGUGGAGAUGGAAGGAUCCCAAGGAGAGGAAAGGGCUCUGGAAAUGGGCAGGGAGAAAACCCCUGAGGAUAAGGCAAGUGUGGAGUCUGUGCAUGCUUUGUGUGUCACAGUGCAACGUUCUGAGGACCUGGACAGACGCCCAUUAGCUGGACAGCAGAAUCUUGAAAGUUCAAAAAUGGACGGAAUAAAGGAACGGACUACCGUAGAGGACACGGAUCAUCCAAUGAUACAGGUGCAUUCUGAUGACCUCACAGUGGAGAAUACGAGUGGCGGCUUGAGGUCCAAAGACUUAACGUGUUCCGAAGAACUAACCUCGGCUGUAACAGCCCAAGGACAGCACAGCGAUGGUGGCUCAAAGCUGGACACCAUCCAUGAGAUUAACCAAUCCGAAGCAGAGGACGACUCAGUCCCACUGGGGAGACAAGGGGCUUCAGUCAUGGGUAUACCCACCUCUCCAGCAGCCAGGCUGCCCAAUAUGGACACUCUCAGUCAACCAACGUGUCCUAAGGAGGCAAAUGAGCCCUUGCUGGAGAGAUGCCAUGGCAACCAAGCCCCUGUUAAACAAUUAGGUGAGUCACCUGUUUUAGAGGCAGCCUGCAGUCAGAAAGAACAGGCCAGGCCCGGUGAUACACAAGCUGUAACGGAGGCGAUUGAGGAAGUAGCGCAUCCAGGCAACCAUGGCAACACUCACCUUGGCGACAAGGCUUCAGACGUGAAGCGAGAGGCCAAAUGCGGGGAUGACAAGGGGGAGGACCAUGUGGUGAAACUUCGUGCUAGAAAGAGUUCUAGAGAGGAGCAGGAGCAUUCUCGUCUGGACUCCAUGGUGUUACUGCUGAUGAAGCUAGACCAGCUGGACGAGGAGAUCGACACGGCCCUCAGCGCCUCCUCCUCCUCCUCCACCAUGGCCAUCACCCCCACCCUCAGGAGACACCAGCGAAGGGAAGUGGACUUCGACUCAGUAAAGCCCGUUGGGAGAGUGUCAAGCACUUCUCAGUCUGUGAAUACUCCACAACAGCAUCAAGUAUCCACUACUCUGUCCCCCGCUAGGCCGACUGCUGCUCCCGGGACCAAACCCAAGACUGGGAGCCUGUCUGCCAUGCCCAAGACAACCCAAAGAAACGAGAUGGAGGCCAAAGAGGCGUGCACCUGGCUCCGGGCUGCCGGUUUCCCACAGUACGCCCAGCUGUACGAAGAUGGCUUGUUCCCCAUUGAGAUUGUGUCUGUGACCAGGGACCAUGAUUUCCUGGACCGAGAUGCCAUCGAGGCUCUGUGCAGGAGACUGAACACCCUCAACAAGUGUGCCCUGAUGAGACUGGAGAUCUCCCCACAGAGAAAGAGAAGUGAGGAUUCAGACGAGGAAGAGCCAUGCGCCAUCAGUGGCCUUUGGACCUUCCAGCGGGACAGCAAGCGCUGGUCUCGCCUGGAGGAGCUGGAUGUCUUCUUCCUCCCGGGUGGAAACCAGCCGCCCUUCCCCCAGGUCCAGAGACCCUCGGCCGGGCAGGGGCAGCUCCGCGAGGGCCUGAGCUCCGAGAGUGUACUGACGGAUCUCAGCGAGCAGCCCGAGGUGGCCUCGCUUCACAGCAGCGGGAGUGUGGGAGAGGGAGGGAUAGUCGAUGGUGCCACAUCUAGCGAUGCCACGCCAGCGGCGGGCGCCACCCGCGCCAACUCGAUGGCCAGCAUGUGCUCCUCCUCGGGCACGGGCGGAUCGUGUGGCGCCACAGAGGACUCGCUGUCUGACGGGCAUCCGCACUCACCAUUGGAGACGACCCAAGGUCACUUCUCCUUCGACGGCAAGCCCAGUGGAAUUGUGGGAACAGGAGGGAUAGAAGGAGGAGGGAGCGAAACUAGAGGAGGGAAGAGCACGCGCUCACGGGCCAAGAGUUUCCUCAAGCGCAUGGAGAGCAUCAGACUGAGGAGCGCCACCUCCAAUAGCAAGAAGAAGAACGGAGGCGGGGGAAGACCUUCCAAACUGGAGAUCAGCGGGCCGGUCAUCAAAGAAGGACUAGACGACGACAAGCUACGGCGCCUCAAUUGCGUUGACAUCUCCACCCUCAACCCGACCCAAACCAUGACCCUGAACCGUAACAGGAGUGUAUCCUACUCCACGCAGACCAGCAGUGGCAGCAUGGGGAGCUCCGGAAGCACGGGCAGUAGCCAAUCAGAAGCAAGCAGCGGGAGCACCGUUAGCACCCCGAGCCCGGUGACACGAACCCGAAGCCACAGCACCGCGGUGGGGGCCAGUAAGAGAGGUGGGAUGUACCUGGAAGGUUUUGACCCGUUAAGCGUGUUCCUACAGCCGCCUGGAGAACAACAACCCCCAGGUUCAACCCAACCCAAAACCAGACAGAAACCACCUCAGCAACAGCCUAGUAACCGGAUAGUGGCUGAGCAAAACCAAAGCAAGCGUGGUCGCCUCAACGGAGAGAGGGAGGAGGAAGAGGAGGAAGAAGGCGUGAUUUUCUUCUACCUUCCCGAAGGCCACAAACCGGGCACAUUCCCCAAAGCGCUCGGCAACGGCAAACAACCACCGCAAAGUGGAAAUGCCGAUCCGCGCUAUCUCGGUAGUCGAUGCCAAACGCGUUGCGGCUCCACCGGCUCAGCGGACAGCCGCCUGAGUUUCUACGACAACGUGCCCAACGUGGCCUAUCAAGGCGAGGAAGACGAUGGAGACAAUGAAGAAGGGGAGGGGCCAAAGUUGGAGGAUGUACUGGAAUGUGUCAACGGCCUGCAGCGAUUCGUCAACGCUUGGACGGACAGGGUGGCAGCCGGAGAAGAGGAUGACGAAGAGGAAGAAGAAGAGGGGGAUUCGGAUUCGGCAUUGGAUUCAGCGUCUCCUUGUCCGUCCUCACCUUUGCAGAACCGGCUGGAGGAGACGGACAACGGGAGCGACCAGGACAGCACGGGCAACCCUCUGGGAGAAGGGGAGGGGGAAGAAGGAGAGGGGGAAGAAGGAGAGGGGGAAGAAGCCAUGAGGGAGAGGAGGGACUCCGGAGUGGGAGCCUCUCUCACCAGAUCUAACAGGCCUCAGAAACUGCGCUGGCCCAGUUUCCAGGCCUCCCACCGGCCCAGUCACUCCUGGGCCCAGCGGCAGAUGGGCUGCCAGUCAGUACUGCAGAUGAACCUGCUCCAGAAGCUCUGUCUGCUCCAGCUAACAGCCCUCCUGGAGAAACACACCCCCACCAACAAACACGGCUUCAGCUGGGCUGUGCCGAAGUUUAUGAAGCGGAUCAAGGUGCGGGACUACAAAGACCGGAAUGUGUUUGGAGUGCCUCUGCUGCUGAACGUCCAGCGUACGGGUCAGCCCCUGCCUCAGAGCAUUCAACAGGCCAUGCGCUAUCUACGCAGCCAAUGUCUAGACCAGGUGGGUCUCUUCAGGAAGUCGGGGGUUAAAUCACGUAUUCAGGCGCUCCGUCAGAUGAACGAAACGUGCGGUGCCGACGGAGGCGGAGUCAGUUACGAGGGCCAAUCAGCUUACGACGUGGCCGACAUGCUGAAGCAGUAUUUCCGGGACCUUCCAGAGCCGCUACUCACCAGCAAACUGUCUGAGACCUUCCUGCAGAUCUAUCAAUACAUGCCCAAGGAGCUGCGUCUUCAGGCUACGCGAGCGGCCGUGCUGCUGCUGCCAGACGAGAGCCGCGAGGCGCUGCAGACCCUCCUGUGCCUGCUGAGUGACGUCACCGCCGCCGUGGCAGAGAACCAGAUGACCUGUGCCAACCUGGCCGUCUGCCUGGCGCCUUCGCUUUUCCACCUUAACACGCUGAGACGCAAGGAGAGCUCUUCGCCACGGGGGAUGAACAGGAAGCAGCCGCUGGGUAAACCUGACCAGAGGGACCUCAACGAGAACCUGGCCGCCACCACCGGCCUGGCACACAUGAUCCAGGAGUGCAGGAAGCUCUUCAGGAUCCCAGAAGAGAUGAGUCGCUGCAGAAACUCAUACCAGGAGCAGGCCCUGACCCCCCUGAGGCUGGAGGAGCUAGGGGCUUCCUCUGGGGGGGACGGUCCCAUGGGAUGCAGGACCUACCUCCAGGACAGCCUGGACGCCCUCCUCAAAGAGGCCAAGGACAAGUUCAAAGGUUAUGACAGCUGCUCCACGCCUGAACUCGCCGAGUUGGCGUACAAGAAGGUCCACGAUGGCUCGCCGCUGCGCCUGUGGAAGGCGUCCGUGGAGGUGCCUGCGGGUCCUGAGGAGGUGUUGACGCGGGUCCUCCGGGAGCAGGGCCGCUGGGACGAGGACCUGAUGGAGAGCCGUGUGGUGGAGACGCUAGGCGAUCGCACAGAGGUUUACCAGUACACCAGGAACACCAUGGCCCCCCACCCCACCAGAGACCACCUCGUGCUCAGGACGUGGGUGACAGACCUACCUAAGGGAGCGUGUGCGUUGGUGUGUACCUCAGUGGACCAUGGCGGGGCAGCGUUACUGGGCGUGCGGGCCAAUGUGCUCACCUCACGCUACUUCAUCGAGCCAUGCAGCAGCAACAAGUCUCGCCUCACACACAUCUCCAGGGUCGACUGCAGGGGUCGGUUCCCAGAGUGGUACAAUAAACUGUAUGGACACCUGUGUGCCAGUGAGGUGGUGCGGAUACGCCAGUCCUUCACCACCCAGAUGGAUAAGUGAGGGCCAGGCAGCUCCACUUGACUUGGAGACCAAAGUCACAAGAAGGGGCGACACCCUGGAACCAGAAAGAGUCUCUAUCCACCCCCACCUCAGCCCCUAAUUCGCUACAGCCCUGAUGCUGGUUGGGGUUGACUGGGGGAGGACAACCCAUUGACUCAUUGACAUGAUUCAAGCUCUUGACAGACAUACCCUUGUGUCCUGGACAGAGAGACUUUGAACAGACUUUGUCGUCAUCCGUAGACUGUCAUCAACAGCCAGGUGGGGUUACUGCCUCCGAGGGGUCCUGCAAGGCCUGGAACGGCCAUGGACCCUCACAGUUCUUUCAGAGUUGUGUUAUGGUUCUUGUGCUAGGUGAUGUGUUGCGGGCGGCACGACCAAAGUAAAUGUGUCUGAAAUGGAAGUAUGGUGUCACUCAUCCAACAAGCAUAAUACCUUUACAGAGAGGAUGUGACAUCACCGUCAGAGGAUGUGAUGUCACGGAUUAGUUAAAAGAGAAUCUAUAGGGGAGGGGGGCUUCUGAUAAGAGAGAAGGUUAGUGUGUGGGUGUGUGUGUGAUGAAUGGUUGAUUAAUUAGACGUAUUUCAUGCACUGGCUCCCAGCUGCAAUAUAGUGUGUAUAUACUAUAUCCUGCAUCUGUUCAUGUUGCUUUUUCCUGUUUCCUCUCUCUCUCUCUCUGUGUGUGUGUGUGUGUGUGUGUGUGUGUGUGUGUGUGUGUGUGUGUGUGUGUGUGUGUGUGUGUGUGUGUGUGUGUGUGUGUGUGUGUGUGUGUGUGUGUGUGUGUACUCGUUCACAAGUGUUUUUAUCCUGUUACAGCGGAGGCAAUGUCCACGACAUUGUUUUCAGGAAGAUACUGUAUUUUUCGACAGAUGGAUAAUAUGGGCUAACAGUUGUGUGAAUGUAUUGAAAAUAUGCAAUAUCUGAGUUUGUAUUGAUAAGUGGGGUAUGGUGAGUUGAUAGUUGGUUAAAUGGCAUUAGGGAAAGCUAGUAUAGAGUGGGUUUAAAGGAUGGAACAGAAGCAAAAUGGUGGCUGGAACACCAAUUGGUUGAGAGGGUUAAAGUCGCCCCCAAAACUAAAAUGGAGACUUAGAUUCUGAUGGACCAAGCUUAAAGAAAGUAGACAUUCAGAGAACAUUUUGAUUGAUUCCACUGCUUAAAAGAGCAUCGAGAACAACAACAAUCAACAGGGCUAGGAUUCCAAAAUGGCCGCCAUUUGUAGGCUAAACGUUGAUGAAAGGAACACUUCCGGUUGUUACUUUUGUAGUAGUACGAUGUACAAGAGCAGUCAAGGUAGUCUUCUGCUUCACAGAAGAAAAACCUGGGGGGAAAGAAAUAGAAAAGAAGAGAAGAAAUGAAUAGAAAACAAAGAAAAGAGAAGGUCCUUUUAUAAAGGUGUGGGAUUUUACAGGUUUUACUGUAAAUAGAGGAGGAGAAAGUGCAGGGAAUGUUUGUCUGGUUUAAAGAAGGAAAAAUAAUCUAUAUGCGCAGGUUUAUUUUCUGUCUGUCUGUCUGUCUGUCUGUCUGUCUGUCUGUCUGUCUGUCUGUCUGUCUGUCUGUCUGUCUGUCUGUCUGUCUGUCUGUCUGUCUGUCUGUCUGUCUGUCUGUGUUACCUUAAAUGAAGUAUAAGACUAAUAGUAACCAAGUACACCUUCAUCCGGGCCGGAUUUGGGCCCCGUGUUAAAACCUAUACGUUCUCUGUUCAGUGUGUGACUCAUUUGCUAAGCGUUGUGUUGUAUUGUUAAACGUGUGUGUACAUGAUUUGUAUGCCGUCAGAUAUGAGUAACGCAUGACAAUGACAUUUAAUUUAAAAAUAUAUUUAUACCUCAGAUAUGUUUUUUUUGUACCAUGUUUAUUUUAUUGUAAAUGUUACGCUUAAGUUACAGAAAUGUGUUUUAUAUUUUGUAUUAUUAAUAUUAUUUCUGUACAGAUUAAUCACAGUCACGUGCACUAUUAAAUGUAUUAAACAAAGAGUGUUGUCUUA